GCAAAAUGGACCCCGGAUGGUGUAUAUAAAUCUGGUAUGGGCAGAAAAUAAGAGCAAGUAUUGAGACUUUCUGGUAAAGCAAGUCAUCCUACAGGAUCUCUGCCAUGAGCACCAAGGGGGCUUCAUUGAAAGGUUUGUUGCUCGUGGUCCUUCUGGUGUCCAACAUGCUCCUGACAAAGGAAGGAGUGACCUCCUUGCCUAUUUGCCCAAAUGGAUCUGCCAACUGCCAAGUUUCCCUUGGGGAACUUUUUGACCGUGCGGUUAAACUCUCACACUACAUCCACUUCCUCUCUUCAGAAAUGUUCAAUGAAUUUGAUGAACGCUAUGCUCAGGGUCGGGGUUUCAUUACAAAAGCUGUUAAUGGCUGCCACACUUCCUCCUUAACCACUCCUGAAGACAAGGAGCAAGCUCAGCAGAUUCACCAUGAAGACCUACUGAAUUUAGUACUGGGAGUGCUGCGCUCCUGGAAUGAUCCCCUGAUCCAUCUGGCUUCUGAGGUACAAAGAAUCAAAGAAGCUCCAGACACCAUCCUCUGGAAGGCUGUAGAGAUUGAGGAACAAAACAAGCGGCUUCUAGAAGGAAUGGAGAAAAUAGUUGGGCGGGUUCAUUCUGGCGACAUUGGAAAUGAAGUUUAUUCUCAGUGGGAAGGCCUUCCAUCUUUGCAACUUGCCGAUGAGGACUCUAGACUCUUUGCCUUUUACAACCUGCUGCAUUGCCUCCGCAGAGAUUCACACAAAAUUGACAACUAUCUCAAGGUUUUGAAGUGCCGCCUAAUACAUGAUAGCAAUUGCUAAGUACUCCUGGCUUCAUCGCUUACUAAAAUCAUUCAUCAUUCAUCAUGGUGUUCUUGUUGCUUUGCCCCUUUUCAUUGCAAACUUCAUGAAAAGUCACAUUGUGCAGUGUCAGGAUCAUCAGUAACUUUCAGGAAUGUUUGCGUGAAUUCUGGCUGCAACUGUCAGUAUCAUUUAUG